AUGGAAUCGCUCCCUCACAUCGUGACUCUCGUCGACGAAUAUCUUAAUCCAUUUUCAUCGCGCAAGAAAGUAGGGCGCGCGUGCAGAUUGGGCCUCCCGAGACGAGCACUUAUUUACGCUGCAGCUCGUGAUCCCGAUUGGGACAAUGGUCAGUACAUGGCAGCGGCCGCAGUUAUUUGGGGCUUCGCUCACGUACUACAGUGGCUUAACGAUUGUUACCCAGAGCGCACUUCGUGGGGCGAUGGCGACGAAGGGAUGAGUCGUUGCGGACGCUUUUUGAUGGAUACAGCGGCUGAACACGGCCAUCUUUCAGUGAUGCAAUGGCUGCAUGCGAACCGGAGUGAAGGAUGCACUUAUCGAGCCAUGAACUACGCUGCAGCAAGCGGUCGUCUCGACUUGGUACAAUGGAUUCAUGAAAACCGUAGCGAACCCUGCAGCAUGGAGGCGAUGGACUAUGCUGCCGGUAAGGAGCAUCUUGAGGCUGUGCGCUUUCUCCACGAGAACCGAACUGAAGGGUGUACCAAACACGCGAUGAGCAGUGCUGCUGCGAAUGGCCACUUGGAGAUGGUGCAUAUGGACAUCUCAAUAUAG